UAGUUGGCGCCCUAAUGUGUUGACGUCACACCAAACAGGUUUUUUUCUGCGCGAGCAAGCAGCCGCUUCUUCCUUUUCCGGUGACUCUCUCAAGAUGGCGGACGCUGAGCAGAAAAAGAAGCGUACUUUCAGGAAGUUCACCUACAGAGGAGUGGACCUGGACCAGCUCCUGGAUAUGUCCUAUGAGCAGCUCAUGCAGCUGUAUGGUGCUCGCCAGAGGAGGAGACUGAACCGUGGCCUGAGGAGGAAGCAGCAGUCACUGCUUAAGCGUCUGCGCAAAGCCAAAAAGGAGGCGCCUCCUAUGGAAAAGCCUGAGGUUGUGAAGACCCAUCUGCGGGACAUGGUCAUCCUGCCAGAGAUGGUUGGCUCCAUGGUCGGCGUGUACAACGGCAAGACCUUCAACCAGGUUGAAAUUAAGCCUGAGAUGAUUGGUCACUACCUUGGGGAGUUCUCCAUCACAUACAAGCCUGUUAAGCACGGUCGUCCUGGUAUUGGUGCCACCCACUCAUCCCGCUUUAUUCCUCUGAAGUAAGCAGUAAAUAAAAGUGACUUCCAACACA